UUAAGCGUGGGUGCACGGUUUUUCCAGUGGGCUCGGUUAUCUUUUUCCGUCUCCACCAUCUCGCCAUGGUUAAUGCUAAGAAGGCUGAUGCCACUCCAUCGACUCCCAAAACGAAUUCUGCAACACCGAAAUUAGUGCUUCGUACUUACAAGUCAAGCGAUGCCGAGCAUGUCGACCAUUUGUUCUACAGUACUUAUUUCUCGCUUGUUCCCGAAGGUGUACGACGAAAACUGUGGUCCCCGUGGACGUGGGUUAUUUGGUUCGCCGUGUAUUCCUAUUUGUUAAUGAUUGUGCCGAUUCUAUUGUCGGGCAUGGACGUACCGGCAUGGGUGCAUUUGGUCUUGAAACUAUUCUUGACGUUCGCUUGGAGCGCGGUGGGCUUCGCCACAUUAUUUGUGACCACGGACCGGUUCGAAACGGUGGCGCGUGUGGAAGAAGCGAGACAGAAUGAUUUAAGUGAUCCCCAAGUGUAUUAUCUCAACCGAUCCGAGAAAGAGGGAAAAGAUGGCGAAAAAGAAAUGAAGCCCUCCGAGUUACAACGACCUUCCCAUUUUUGGGUCCUCACCAUGGAAGACACACCCUGCGGUAUGGUGGGAUUGGCAUGCAAUGCGCAAGAUAUCGAAGAUAAACAGCCGGUUCUUUUGCCAGCCUGGAAGCGAUUGGGGGCCGGUAUUUGCAAUCGAUACCACCUGCCUGUCCCUGCCAUGUUCAAGCAGGUUCCGUCUGCGGAGAAACGCAUUUUUGCUCGCGCCCACGAGCCUCACACCGCCACGUUGCAACGAUUAGCUGUACGGUACGAUUUCCAAGAUUGUGGAUUGUCGACCUUGCUGAUCAACCGAGCCAUGACCUGGGCAAGUGAACACGAUAUCGAAACGGUGUACGCGCAGACCAAUGAAAUGCAAAUGGCGGCCGAACAAGUGCUUGAAAAGCGACAUGGAUUCAAGUUGGUCAAGAAACAGAAGAUCGGUUGGUUUGGCACGCAUGAAGCCACUUGGGCAUGUGAUGUGAAAACGUGGAUGGAACAUAACAAGGAUAAAACCGCCAAAACGUUUGUCAAACGAACCUAAAAGCACCAACCUCAUCUGUGGGUUUUGAAUAUUGGGGCCGAAUAGGGUGUGCGCACAAAAGAGACUCUUUUUUUUUUCCUUCAAUCUUAAUAUUGUACACUAGCAAAAACUUUUUUUAAUAAAACUGUACCAUGCUCUUUUUCUUAUUUUAACCGCGUUUGAAGUCAACAAAUUCAAUGCAACGUAAAUCCGACAAGAAAAAGUUCGCACGGUCAAAGCUCAUUGAUGCAUCAAAAAAGUCACA